AUGGGUAUUCCAAAAUUUUUCAGGUACAUCAGUGAAAGAUGGCCGAUGAUAUCGCAAUUGAUUGAAGGAGCACAGAUUCCAGAGUUUGAUAACCUGUAUUUGGAUAUGAACUCGAUUCUGCAUACAUGUACACACGGUAAUGAUGAUGACGUAACGAAAAGAAUGACUGAAGAGGAAGUAUUUGCCAAAAUUUUCACCUAUAUUGAUCACCUUUUUCACACUAUUAAACCCAAGAAAGUAUUUUAUAUGGCAAUCGAUGGUGUGGCCCCACGUGCCAAGAUGAACCAGCAAAGGUCUCGUAGAUUUAGAACUGCCAUGGAUGCAGAAGCGGCUUUAAAGAAGGCUAUUGAAAAGGGGGAAGAAAUUCCUAAAGGUGAACCAUUCGAUUCUAAUGCUAUUACGCCAGGUACAGAAUUUAUGGCUAAACUGACCAAAAAUUUAAAGUAUUUCAUUCAUGACAAAAUCUCUAACGAUUCCAAAUGGAGAGAAGUUGAUGUUAUCUUCUCUGGUCAUGAAGUUCCUGGUGAAGGUGAACACAAGAUAAUGGACUUUAUCAGAAACAUUAGAUCCCAAAAAGAUUAUAACAAUAACACUAGGCAUUGUAUUUAUGGGUUAGAUGCUGAUUUGAUAAUGUUGGGUCUCUCCACACACGCUCCACAUUUUGCGUUAUUAAGAGAAGAAGUUGUUUUUGGUAGAAGAAGUAGUAAACCGGCUCCUCUUGAGCAUCAAAACUUCUAUCUUUUGCAUUUAUCUCUAUUGAGAGAGUAUAUGGAAUUAGAAUUUAAUGAAAUUGCCGAUGAUUUGAAAUUCGAUUACGAUUUUGAAAGGAUUCUUGACGAUUUCAUACUAGUCAUGUUCGUUAUUGGUAACGAUUUCCUUCCAAAUUUGCCCGACUUACAUUUGAAUAAAGGUGCUUUCCCUGUACUUUUACAAACUUUCAAAGAAGCUCUUCUCCAUUUAGAUGGCUACAUCAAUGAAAAUGGUCAAAUCAAUUUGGAAAGGCUACGCGUCUGGUUGAAUUACCUUUCACAAUUUGAAUUAAUGAAUUUCGAAAAAAAUGAUAUUGAUGUUGAAUGGUUCAAUCAACAAUUAGAAAAUAUUUCCUUAGAAGGUGAAAGAAAAAGAGCUCGUAGUGGUAAGAAAUUAUUAUUGAAACAACAAAAGAAAAUAGUGGGCAAAGUUAAACCUUGGAUUAUGCACCUUGCUAAUGAAAAAUUCCCAUCAGAUUUGCCAGAUGAUCAAAUUCCUACUUUGUUACUGAAUGAUGAUAAGAGUGAAUUCAAUGUUGCUGAAAAUUUGGCAUUUUUGAAAGAAUUUGCUCACGAUUUAGGGGUAUUUAUUGUGCAUUCAAAGUCUAAGGACACUUAUUCUCUAAAAUUGGAUAUUGAUGGUAUCAAUCCCAGCGAAACAGAUGAAGAACAUAACGAACGUGUUGGAGCUAUCAGAAGAGUGAUAAAAAGAUAUCAGCAAGCUGUUCUUGUUGAAGAUGCUGAAGAGUUGGAAAGGGAACAAACUUUAUAUAAUGAAAAAUUCCAAAAUUGGAAGCAAGAAUAUUAUAAAGAUAAAUUAGGCUUUGCCCAAAAUGACUCCGAAACUGUCACUACAUUAGCCAAAAAUUAUGUUGAAGGUCUACAGUGGGUUCUUUAUUACUAUUAUAGAGGAUGUCCAUCCUGGGGAUGGUACUAUCGUGAUCACUAUGCUCCUCGUAUUUCUGAUCUUGAAAAAGGUUUAGAUCAAAUCAUUAAAUUUGACAAGGGCAGGCCUUUCACUCCAUUUGAGCAACUUAUGGCAGUCUUACCAGAAAGAUCCAAAAACUUGAUCCCAGCUGCAUUUAGACCAUUAAUGUACGAUACCAACUCUCCAAUUCUAGAUUUUUACCCAUCUCAGGUAAAACUUGAUAAAAAUGGUAAGACUGCUGAUUGGGAAGCUGUUGUACUUUUAACCUUUGUUGAUGAAAAUCGGUUAGUAGAUGCAAUGAAACCUUUACUAUCUAAGCUAUCUCCAGAAGAAAAGGUAAGAAAUCAAUUUGGUACAGACUUGAAAUUCAUUUUUAGCCCUCAGGUUGAUAAUUUGUACAAAAGUCCAUUAUCCGGUAUCUUUUCUGAUCUCGAGAAUAACCAUUGUGUUGAAAGAGAAUACAUUCCGAAAUCAAUGGACGGACUAAGUUUCCAUUACGGUUUGUUACCUGGUGCAAAACAAGGUACAGAAUUAUUGGCCGGUUUCCCAACAUUGCAAACAUUACCUUUCAAAUAUCAAUUAGAGUACAAUGAAAGUUUAGUGUUUCAACAAGCCUCCAGACAACAGUCGAUGUGUCUACACAUUGAGGAUAUUUAUAGUGAGAACAAUUUAACUUUAGAAGAAUUGUCCAAGAGAUAUAUGAACAAAAUCGUUUACACCAGAUGGCCAUAUCUUAGAGAAUCAAAAUUAGUUUCUGUAUUUGAUGAAAAUGUUUUAUUCGAAGGUAAGGAAUUUGUUAAUGAAAAGGGUAAAAAGCACUUUAAGAUUAUUGAAAGAACAUGCGAUAUUCAAGAUAAAAAGAACUUUGAAUCAUUGAAAAGAUCGAUGUUACGAAAUUAUGGCAAGCAAAAAGCAGUGAUCCUAAAUGAUAUAAAGGCAAUUGUUAAAGUCCUUCCAGUUACUGGUCUAAUGAGAACUCCAGAAGGUGCAUACGUUAAAACUUAUGCAGAAACACCGGAUCAUUAUCCAUUGCAACUGAUGGUUGAAACUAUUUCAAACAAAGAUGAAAGAUAUAGGGAAAGAGCUCCAGUUCCUAUUAGCCAAGAAUUUCCAGAGGGCUCUCGUGUUAUUUUCCUCGGUGACUAUGCCUACGGUGGUGAUACCACAAUCGAUGGUUACAGUAGUGAAAGUAGACUAAAGAUCACCGUCAAGAAGACGUUCUCUAAGAAUGAACCAACUAUUGGUAAAGAAAGAUUAGAGAUAGAUAAUAAAUUAGUUCAUUAUAUUCCAUCAUACGUUGCUGCCAAGAAAUUAGACUUGAAUAAACUGUUUUUGUCCAGAAUAACAUCUAAGUUUUUGAUUGAUGAUGCAAAUGGCAAACAUGUUAAUGUUGGUAUUCCCGUUAAGUAUGAAAAUAAGCAACAAAAAGUUCUAGGUUAUGCAAGAAGAAAUCCAAAGGGAUGGGAGUAUUCCAAUUUGACAAUUAACUUGAUCAGAGAAUACAGAUCAAGAUUCCCAGAAUUUUUCCGCGGUCUAUCUAGAACAGGAAAUGGUAUUCCAAGCCUACAAGAACUAUUCCCUGGUAUUUCUACUGAAGUUGCUAUGAAGAAACUGCAAGAAAUUAAAGAUUGGCUGAAAUUCUCUGAAGAAAAUUUCGUUAUUGUAUCAAACGAAAGUGACUCCUUGACUAAGGGCUCUAUCCGUGCAGUUGAAGAUUUCAUUGAAGUUCACUCGUCGGGAAGGGAAAACAGUGAAACUAAGCAAUUAACUAAAGUUCCAAGAGACGCCAUUUUGAAUCCAAGAGUUUCCUUCGGUUUAUUACGUACACAAAGAUUCAAUUUAGGUGACCGUGUUGUCUACAUCCAAGAUUCAGGUAAGGUCCCAUUGUUUUCAAAGGGUACAGUUGUCGGCUACACCACUUUGGGGUUGAGUCUGUCAGUUCAAGUUCUAUUUGAUCAUGAAAUAGUUUCCGGUAAUACUUUUGGUGGCAGGUUAAGAACUAAGAGAGGUUUGGGACUUGAUUCCUCAUUCUUGCUUAAUGUUACCGAUAGACAAUUUGUUUACCAUUCUAAGGCUUCUAAGAAGUUGCUAGAAGGGAAGAAAUCCGGUACAAAAUCUGUCGCUGCUAGAAAUGUUAAUAUGAUCCAACGAAAGCAAAAACAACAGGAAGUUGCCACUAUGAGAAAGCAAGCAGCACAUGAUUUGUUGAAUAUUAUCAAGAAGACGGGUGAAAAACCAGCUGAUGGAGGACAGAAAGAACCUGCUGCGACCCAAGAGAGAGAAACACUACUUAAGAAAUCCGGUGGAGAAAACGCAGAUGCCAAUCUACCUUUACCAAAUCAGAAUGUGGUCAACUCUGUUGUAAAUGCAGUCAUGCAUCAAUUUGAUUCAAAUGACAAUCAAAUGGUCUCCAAUGGACAACAGAACGUGGUACCAACUAUGAAUAAUGGUGUUGUUAACCCUGCAAGUUUACCUUACAGUGCACCACCAGGUUUUGUUAACGGGGUGCCAUUAGGAGCCGGCUAUCCACCAAACAUGCAGAUGAGUCCUCAAGUUAUGAAUGGACAACCUCUAUUACCACCACAAAGUUUUUAUGCUGGACCAAUGCAACAUCCCCAACAACACCACCAACAGCACUCGCACGCACAUCCUCACCCUCAGCUUCCCCAUCAAAACGGUCAUGUAGUUGUUAACAAGAAGGCCAGUGCUGAGUUAAAGCAAAUUUUUAAAAGUGAUGCAGAACAGAAUAAAUCCCAGAGGCCAAAGAAAACUAUUUUGAAGAGGAGAGCCGAAACCAAAGCUUCCGCUGAACCAAAAAAAUAA